AUGGAGCAAGCUCGCUUUUGGUCGAGUUGCUUCCUGAGCUGUGCCAUAUCCUUUCAGAAUGCCCUUGACCGAAGAUUUCUUCUUUCUGGAGGUUUUUCUAUAGUUUCUUUUGUCAGCUGUACUUAGAAGAAAGAUACUCUUUCAAGAGCAUCUCUGGAAGCCUGAUGCACUCCUCUUCUGAUAUGGUGGUUGGUCAACGCUUGAAAUCACUUGGAAAUGCUCUGUUUUAGCAUGAUUUCUCCGUGGAUUAGGUUUAUGUAUCAGCAGGCUUCAUGAUGGCCAUGUGCCCUGUGGGUACGUUUUAGGUCGUAAAUCUUAUUUUGCAAGUUACGUGAAGAGUUCUUCGUUGAGUACUGAUCUCCUUUUUUUUUUUUCUUGCAGGAAUAAUGUCCCUUGGUUAUCCUUCUGCUCAUCUUUCUAGUGUCUCAGCUUAUUCAUGAGUUCUUUCCUGAGUGGAGUCUACAUCUGUUCAUUUGGCCACCUCUACGAAUGAGAAUGGGGUAAUUUAGUGUCAUGAGUUUCUAACCUAUGAGCCAGCAACGUGGUUCGUGUAAUGGUGUAAAAAAUCUAGAAUAGACCUGCGGGGAAAUCACCUGUACAUGACAUCUUACUUAUUUGUAUCAUUAGUCGCCCAGUAAUAUGUCAAGGUCCGACUGUCGUGUAAGCAUAAAUCACCUUUUCUAUCAGUCCAACAGCCCAUUAGGGUAGAAUAGAUUGUUGUCUGUCACCAGUCAUCUGAAAUAUGGUUGGGUAUCCGGUUGUGAGACUUGUGCCCUGAUCUUCUUGCAAGUGAGGGCUAAUUGGGGGUUCAGCUCUGAUUGACCAAAGUAUAUAACCUAGUUCCUCUCUUUCAUUGGAUCAUCAAGUACUUGAGUUCUACAUUCAUGCUUUUACCUGAAUAAGCAUUGGAGAAUUCGAUAUAUUUUCAGGUUUAACCAGUCAAAAUGGACCGGUACGUUUUUUUUUUUUCUUGGUUCUAUGUUUAUGAUACGUGUAGCAGAUGCUUGUAAUGUAAAAUAUCCGCUUUUACAGGUUCAAAUUAAUUAAGCAGGUCGGUGAUGGAUCGUUUGGCAGUGUAUGGAGAGCAGUAAAUAAAUUGACCGGGGAAAUUGUACGCAACCUUGAUCUGACUUGGCUUUACAUUUUUUAAGUUCAAUGACAUUAUCUAUCUUUUGACGUUAUUUUAGGUUGCUAUUAAGAAAAUGAAGAAAAAGUACUAUUCCUGGCAGGAGUGCAUAAAUCUCAGAGAAGUGAAGGUUUGCCAAAUUUUGUGGAUAUCUGAAUAAUUGGAAAACGUCAUGAGACAAUAUGGUCACCAAUUUUGUGCUUUUUUUCAGUCCCUACGAAAGAUGAACCAUCCCGGCAUUGUGAAGCUGAAAGAGGUCAUUAGAGAGCACGAUAUUUUAUAUCUUGUGUUUGAGUACAUGGUAUAAUUUCCUUGCUGUUCAAAUGUGAAUCUUGCCUUCGCUACCCUGCACGAAUUUUCUAAACAGAGCUCUCAUCAUGCUUUUUCUGCCCAGGAUUUCAACUUAUAUCAACUCAUGAAAGAUCGUGAAAAGCCUUUUUCUGAGACUGAUGUGCGGAACUGGUCUUUUCAAAUAUUCCAUGCUCUUGCUCAUAUGCAUCAGCGUGGGUACUUCCAUCGUGAUUUGAAGCCUGGUAUGAUUUUCCAUUUUAUCUUCCUCUUUUGGGACGAGUGUUAUGAUUUUCCGAUCCUUGAAAUAUAAUUUUUUGCUCAAUCAUUCUUAUUUUUUUCAUUACAAUGAAAUGAUGGGCCUUUUCGGCACUAAUUCAUGUUCAUGUUUGCUUAUCGUUCAACCUGGAAAGACUCAGCUUCUGUGAUUUUUAUCCAACCACCGAGGAUGAAGACUCUGACCUUCUUCAGUGAGCCUCGGAAGCGGUUGGAAUCAUAUACAUUCGGAAUUGUCGCUGGCAACAACCUCUGACUUUUAUGCAAGGGCAUGAAGUAGUUCCUAGUGCUAAAAAAGGGUAUAAAAGUCGCAAAGCUGACCCGAACAUGAUUUUGUUUUCGAGUCCAUUUCUUCCUACAUUGAAACGGAUUACUCAAGCCCCGUUCUUACAUUACACAUGCCGAAAAAUGAUUGAUUGUCACAAAAGAGACUUCUAUGGGCGGCAUAGUAUAGCGAACUGACCUCUGGAAUGAGAGUAAUCCAUCAAAUUAGAUCUGAGAUAUUCUUGCCGCUCUUUCAUUUCCUUACCUAUGGAUUAGUGAAGAUAGAUCUUUAUAGGAUGAUUUUGUUUGAACUGUAGCGUGUGUGCACAAGUACAUAAAUCAAUUCCGUUUAUGAGCUAUGGACUCCCCCCCCUUCCCCAACUGAUAGAGCUGCUCAUUAUUCUGCUCAGAAAACUUGCUGAUCACCAAGGAUAUCAUCAAAGUAGCAGAUUUUGGACUUGCUCGUGAAAUUUGCUCAGAUCCACCCUUCACAGAAUAUGUCUCCACUCGCUGGUUGGUUAUCUUUCGACGUAUUGCCUUUAUUGGUAGUUUUCCUUGGUCAAACAAUUUGAGAUCAAGUUUCCAUUCUGUCAGGUAUCGAGCCCCGGAAGUUUUGCUCCAGUCAACUGCCUAUGAUUUCGCCGUUGGUAAAUAUCACGUUGUCAACUAAUCAUCAUGCCCCCCCCCCCCUCUUUCGUUGUAUUCUCAUCUAGUGACAUAUCUUGUUUUUGUCUGUAGACAUGUGGGCAAUGGGUGCCAUUAUGGCUGAGUUACUCACUCUUUCUCCUCUCUUUCCUGGUGCAAGGUUCGUGUUCCAGGCACUGGUGUUACACACCGGGAUCAUGUUAGCUUGAAUUCAUUAUUUUUAUUUUAUAUUUAUGUGAUAUCAAUAACGGCAAUGCAUGCAUGCAUGCACGGACAGAUUUCCAUGAUCAUUGUAAAAAUUUCUCAAGCCCUUUUAACCGAACAUGAGAUCAAACAUCUUUUCAGUGGCUUGAUCCUUCUUCUCCACUGUUUACCACUGAUAACCACGUUUACCUGUAGCCUUUCUGGUCAGAUUUUACAACUGUGAGUCAUAUUUCUUUGGCCUCCAUCCCCAAUUUCACUUGGUUUUCUUGUGCAACUUUAGCUUGUGCUUUGUUUGUCGCUGUUUGUGUCUAAGGAAGUUAUCGGCAUGCUGAGGUGCUAGUUUUUAGAGAGAAUUAGGAUCUUCAGUGGAUGUUUUGCUUGCCUUGUAACAAUUAUUUCUCUGUUGGGUGGAAAAUCUGCAGUGAAGCAGACGAAAUCCACAAAAUCUGCAGUGUUAUUGGCUGCCCUUCUCACGAUUCUUGGGGCAAGGGAUUUGAGCUGGCAAGCGCAAUUAAAUAUCAGUUCCCACAGGUCUGAGUCUGUGAUCUUCGAUCUGGUUGAUGAUUUUCCAGUGGGUUUUUAAAUAUCCAUAAUCUGUGAUAUCAUCCGUCUAUGUUCUCUCUUCUCUAUUCGUUUUCUACCCAUCUGUUUAGGGUUUGCAUGAUUUCCUCCCCUUCUCUGUCCAGUGGCCUCCUCCUCCAUCUUAUCAGCUUAUUUCAUGCAUUAUCAUACUUGUGGAUUGAACACUUGUUAGAAAGAGGCACAUAUUAUUACUAUUAUUACGAUGAUGAUACUAUUUGAGGAUGUCUUAUGAAGGCACGUGUAGGAUUCUAAAACUGCAUGCAAUCUCUACUUCCGACUUGUCACUGAUGUUAGGGUUCUUUGUCAGUUCGAUCGAUCCGCUUAUGGCUAUCAUUGUGGCAAGUCUCAGCAGGCUUCGUCGCAGAUGAGCUUGUGAUCUUUGAAUACCGAGGAAUUUCAUGUGGGAAGCUGAGUUCUUCUGUUCAUUGUUUCUCUCUCUCUCUCUCUCUCUCUCUCUCUCUCCCUCUCUUGCAGCUUCCAGGUGUCCCUCUUCCGAGUCUAAUUCCUUCAGCUAGCGAGGACGCGAUCAGCCUCAUCUCUGUGAGGAAUCCGCUCUCCCCGUUCUAUCUUUUCCUUCUUAAUUUCCUCGUUUCCUGUUGGAGAUCGACCGUUUCUGAAAUCUUCUUUCGAUUGGCACCAACCUGCAGCUGCUCUGCUCUUGGGAUCCCUGCAAGAGGCCGACGGCCACAGCAGCCCUCGAGCAUCCUUUCUUCCAGGUGCCUCUCUCUCUCUCUCUCUCUCUCUCUCUCUCUCUCUCUCUCUCUAACUGUGUUUUUGCAGCCUUGUCAUCGGAUUCCAGCUCUGGGCACGGGGACGACCGGGAUUCACAAAACCCCUCCAUCUGGUUCGCUUACUGGACCUCCCAAGAAAUAAAGUAAAUAGAUAGAUAAAUAAAUAAACGCGGAGGAGAGAUCUUCAUCCAACCUGCCUCUCCAUGAUGAUUUCAGUUGGAAGGAAGGGGGCAUCGGAGUCCAAGGCCUCCCGGAGAUACUCCACGGGAGCCCUGCUCAGUUCCAAGCCUGUGGGGUCCACCUCUCUGACCAAGCCGACCGCUUCCGUGCGAACAGGUCCGCCAAACUGCCUUCUCUUUCUUACGGACGGGCUCCUUAGCACUCCCAGUCAGCUCUCACGUUCUUCUCUCUCUCUCUCUCUCUCUCUCUCUCUCUCUAUAUAUAUAUAUAUAUAUAUAUUACAGGGGCUCAGAGAAAGCUGGAGAUGGAUGCUAAGGUGACGACAGCUUGCCAUAAUAUUCCACUACCGACAAGCAGAUGUAGAUGUAAAUGUAGCUGGCGAUGCAUAACUUAACGUUCUUCCUCUCUCUUCCACUCAGGAGUCAGCGGAGAAAAAUAAAGACUCUGUGAAGGCGGCCCCCAAGCUGCUCCAUUAUCGCCCCACCGCACGAAACAGACCAGGCAAGAGAGAGAGAGAGAGAGAGAGAGAGAGAGAGAGAGGAAGAAGGGUGAUCAUUGAUUAAUUGUGUCGUGUGGUGGCUUGCGCAGGUCCCGUCUAUGCAGGGCGUCCCUUGCACAAGGCUUCGGAUGUGACUCGGAAGCUGGCGCAGAUAACGCUAAGUCAGCCGGGCAAACGGCUAGGGCCCGGGACGGACGGGCCCACACAGCCCCCCUGGGCUUUGUGA